GAAGGAGGAAUCCUGGAAAAGAUGACCACCGCCGAGUACGCAACACAGGCCCGCAAGAUUUCAAAGAUGGACCCUCAGCACUAUAAAGAGGUUACAAAAAAUGAUAAGAGCAGCGCGAAUAUGAAAAGCAGUCGUCCCCAAGGACGCGACAGUGAAAAUAUCAGCCCCCUUAACUUGGGUAUGCUACAGGGCGCUUUUAUCGCAUUAUCUGUAGGCGCACUAGCUGCAGGUGUCAUUCUACUGCUUGAACUAAUUUGUAAUCAACUUUUUCGUGAUCAGAAGCAAUUAUGGCGUCUUUAAUGGGAUUGACAGCACGAGACAGUGUAAGUCCGUGAAAAUAAAAAACAAAAAGUAAAAAAACAGUUUAUAAUAAAAUCUCAGCUUAUUGACUAUUUUUAUACAUGUUA